CAUUUAAUAUAUAGUAUGCUAUCAACUCCAGAAACAUAUCCUUAACUUUAUAUAUAUGUUUGUUACGUAACAUAUUAUUUGUGUGAUUAUAUAUGUCCACAAGAUCGGUAAAUGUGGUCUUUGUUUAAAUGUCACUCUUCGUCUCCCACCCCACUAUACAUGGACGAAGACGGAUGCAUUGUGUUGCUGCUGCAGGUCUUUCACAGGGACAACUCCUCCUAAAGUCGUUAUUCUGGUUAGCAAGUAACUGUUUAUAGAAACUUGAUUCUUAAUUCUUUCUGGAGGAAGCGAGGACAGCAGUUGGACGUUAUCUGGUCUUAAUUUGGUGGUUUUCUCGAAGCAUGAAGGCCCUGAUCUUGGUUGGAGGUUAUGGGACCCGUCUACGCCCACUCACACUGAGUCUGCCCAAACCCCUGGUGGAGUUCUGCAAUAAGCCCACCCUGCUGCACCAGGUGGAGGCGCUCGUACAGGCUGGGGUGGACCAUGUUGUCUUGGCAGUGAGCUACAUGUCAGAUCUGCUGGAGAAGGAAAUGAGAAUCCAGGAACAGAGGCUCGGAAUCCGUAUCUCUCUAUCUCAUGAGAAGGAGCCUCUGGGGACAGCGGGGCCUCUUGCUCUGGCCAGGGACCUACUGUGUGACGACAAUGAGCCGUUCUUCGUCCUCAACUCGGACGUCAUCUGUGACUUCCCAUUCCAAGAGAUGCUCCAGUUCCACCGAAACCAUGGCAACCAGGGCACCAUAGUGGUGACCAGGGUGGAAGAGCCCUCUAAGUAUGGCGUGGUGGUGUUUGAGGCGGAGGGCGGGAGGAUCCAACGCUUCGUGGAGAAGCCCCAGGUUUUCGUCUCCAACAAGAUCAACGCUGGCAUGUACAUCUUUAACCCUAGCAUGCUGCAGCGCAUCCAGUUGAGGCCUACGUCAAUAGAGAAGGAGAUCUUCCCGGUGAUGGCUGAGGAGGGCCAGCUCUAUGCUAUGGAGCUACAGGGGUUCUGGAUGGACAUCGGACAGCCUAAAGACUUCCUGACCGGGAUGUGUAUGUACCUGCAGUCAGUACGGCAACGCGCUCCAGACCGCCUCUGUACCGGUCCUGGUUUUAUAGGAAACGUCCUAGUGGACCCUUCAGCCCGUAUCGGGGAGAACUGCUCCAUCGGCCCCAACGUGACGCUGGGUGCCGGGGUGGUGGUGGAGGACGGUGUGAGGGUGAGGCGCUGCACGGUGCUGAAGGGGGCCCGCCUGCGCUCUCACUCCUGGUUGGACAGCUGCAUCGUGGGCUGGAAGUGCUCUGUCGGCCAAUGGGUGCGUAUGGAGAACGUUACGGUUCUGGGUGAAGACGUCAUCGUGAGCGACGAGCUCUACCUGAAUGGCGCCAACGUUCUGCCGCACAAAUCCAUCACAGAAUCCGUAGCAGAGCCACGCAUCAUUAUGUAGACCGGGGUCCCCUGGACCCCGCCCCUAAACCCCUCGAACUGGACCCCGCCCCAAAACCCCUUGAACUGGACCCCUCCCCAAAACCCCUUGAACUGGACCCCUCCCCCGCACCCACCUGGCAACCUCUAUACCGUGACCCAGAACCCGGACCAGCUUCAAGACUUGCAGUCCCCCAAAACGUCCCUCACUCUAAUCAAAAUGUGAAAUUGUCUAAUCUUCUGCUUAACAAGUCUACUAUGGUCUAGAGACGUUAGGCUCGUUAAAGAUGUGCCGAUCAGAGAUUUGACAGGUGUCCUGGUCGGUUCUGAUGGGACCAGACCCUCCAAUCACUGUGUGUCCGUCCUUCUGUGAGGAUGGCAUCGUUUGGGUCUGGCAUUCUUUAGGGUUGUGUGAACGGGCUUAACGUGAGUGGUUUUUAUGAUGGGAUAUGCUAUAUUAUACUAUAGUAAUAUAGUAUUAGUGUAUGCUAACGAUAUUGUAUACUAGUAAACUAUACAGUUGUAUAGCAUAUAGAAUAAUAAUGAAGGUAUGAAUCCAUUGUGUUUUUUAUCAGAUUAAUAUAAAAAGGUGAAGAGAACUGUUGUCUUUAUUUCCUCACUGUCUGGAAGGUUCCAGCAGGGGGUGCUGCUGCACACCUGGGCUGCGUUGUGCACACAAGCACAAAGUAAGGUAUAAUUACUACCAACCUUUUUUAUACCUAAUUUCAAAUCUGUCACCAGGAUGGUACUGUGUACUGCUCUCGUACCCUGUGUAGUACUUACUACUUACUUCAUACUCUCUUAAGGUUUACAUGUGUAACGAUAACGCUUUGUAUUAAGGGCACAUUAAUUAACCAUUAGUAAACAUUAGUGAACACAGUAAUAAGCAGCUGACUAACAUUUACAAACAGGCAAUGAACUUAUUUCCAUAACCAUACAUUUACAUUAGUUAAUGAAGUAACAUGAAUAGUUUAAUAAGAUCAUGUAUACU